AAAUUGCGAUGCGCUGAUCACAUUUUCGUUUUGGUGUUUCGUUUUAUUUGGAUUAAUUAUUUAGAUUAGUGCGUGUUGUCUUUUUUGGAUUUUUUUAAAAGACAUAUUUCGGCAAUAUUUUUUGCUUCAUUUACGACAAUAUUUCUUAUGUGCAUAACUUCCACUUCCGGUGAGAUGAAGAUCUCGUGGCUGCUGAUACUGGCGCUGGUCGUCACGGCAGUCGUUGCCAAUCAGGAGAAGACGGGAAGGCGGGAUAAGGAUCGGAGAAAGGUCGAGCGCCCUAAAAGGAUUCGCAGUGAAGGGACACUUGACAAACCAAAGAUAAACAAUGAAGAAGAAGACGAUGGUGAAUACACAACUGUAGACGUGAAGACAGAGGGAGGCGCGUAUGAAAGGAGCGGCGGGGUGGAAAACCCAUGUAACAAGCACCGCUGCAAACGCGGGGAGGUGUGCGUUCUGGAAGAGCGACAGCCCGUCUGUGUUUGCCAGACGUGCGAUGAACCCGUGGAAAGCGAGCCGCAGGUCUGCAGCCGAAACAACGUGACUUACGUGACGGAGUGUGAACUGGACCGCGACCACUGCCUCUGUCGCCGCUCGGAGCCCGGAUGUAGGGACGACACCGUGAACCACGUGCGCAUAGACUACUUCAGCGCAUGCAAAGAGCUGACCGCCUGCCCGACGAAGGAGCUGGAAAAUUUCCCCAGCCGCAUGAGGGACUGGCUCUUCCGGGUGAUGACCACCAUGGCGUACCGCCAUGAGCUGGACGACUACCACGACCUUGCAGUGAGCGCCUUGGAGGACAAGAAGCACGCCGACGCCGUCAUAUGGGAGUUCUGUGACCUGGACAAGGACCCAGAGGACCGUCAGGUGACCCGCCGAGAGUUGAUGUAUAUCAUCGCGUCCGUGAAGUCUAUGGAACACUGUCUGGUUCCGUUCCUUGACAGCUGUGACAAGGACAGCGACAGCACAAUCACCCUCGUGGAGUGGGGUACCUGUCUUGAGAUUGGGCACGAGGCCAUUGUCGACAAGUGUCACAAGAAGAUCCGCGCCUAGACACCAUGUGAUGUAACGUGCUAGCUAGAAUGUCGUCUGCUGCAUUGAGGGGAUUCUUAGCGUCUCUCGUGUUAUUAAUUCAGUGAUAGCCAAACCAUAUUAAUCUGCUGAAACAUACGUCAUCAUUUAAUAUUUUAUACCCACAUUUAAUAAUUGAAAUAAGGGAAAUAUUUGCAAUCAGAUUCAAUAUGAAAAUUAAGUUUAUCAUGACGAUUUUUAACAAGAACAUGUUAUGGUAACAUUCGCAUCCUAAUUUGAAUCAAGCGUCCUAAUGAGUGUUUAGCAUGGAUUUUUUUUGUAAUGUUCACUUUAAGAAAUGUUUAUACAAGACUGUGCAUUCUGUAUGUGUGUGUGCUUGUACUACAUGAAUUUUUAUUUUUAUUAUUGUUCUAUUGUAACUAUAUGCGCAUCAAGCUAUAAACAUCUUGCAUUUCUGAUGUCCAAGAAUACACACUUUGACCUGAUAGAUCAAAGACCUACACUAAUUAAUAAAAAAAUAUUGCGUUGAUAUAUAAGCUACACAAAAUAUUAUUGUAGCUGUAUUUUAAAAGUGGUUAAUACUAAGGUUCUUAAAAACUUGAGAAUUGAUUUUAACAUGCUUUCAAAUACAAAACUGAGCUAAUAAGUACUUAAAAUACCAUCAGUUAAAUGUUUUAUUACUGUUUGUCUGCUAUGCUAAGUUUUUGCUAUUGCAAUGUAACGUGGAUUCUUGAAGAUUUAUGUUAAGUUUUACUUUGCUUGAUAAUC